AACAGAAAUUUGACAGGAGCUCGCAAACUCACCGUGUAGGGGAGAAGGGGAGGACGGAAGAUGGCAACUUAUUUGCAAUAGUUUUUAAAAAUAUACUGCAGCAGUGAACAGAGGGAAAGGGAAAGGCAAGGGUCUAGUUAAAAGAGCUGCAUUUUGUGAAAUUAAUUGCAUGUAAUUUUCAUUGAUUGUGCCUGCAAAAGGCUGCGAUUUCUGUUACUGUGUGAGAUGGACCUGCUCAAACAGCCUUGGUGCAAUUGUUGUGUCUGUCAUAGGCGAGGACAGUAAGGGAGAGGGGAGGGCUGCAUUUUCUCCCUAAAGGAUAAAGGAACCUCAUCAAGAAACCUCCCAGAGAAUUCCAUUCCUUCGGAGGAAGAGGAAGGCAGAGGAGGGGCUGGGAAAAAGGAAACAAAAUCACACUCUCUGUCUCGCUCUCUGCAUCCCAACCAUGAGCUUGAGACAAUCUCUCCUUUGUGCACUGGUUUUUUAUGUAGGUACGUUAAGCUCUGCAUUUUCAAUGGCUGGAGAGGCAGUCAAUGGUCUACUCACGGCUGCUCCCGGGAAGGAGCUCACCAUAGUGUCUUAUUUCUUGGACCUCACGUCAGCAGAAGCAGAAACAGUGGCGUUGUGGACCGAAGAUGACAGGGCAGGUGGAUCAGUGGCUGAAGUAUCACCAGCCGGGGAAGGCUUUCGGGACGAAUUUAGCAGCUCAACACCUGCUCCAUCCUGGAAUGCUGGAGUCACUGAACAGCCAAGCCUCCCCUCAGACUCCAGUUCCCCUGACCCUCUGCCCAUCGCUGGAACUGGUGGAUUAGAUGAAAUCGGUGCAUUUGUUUCCUUGCCACAGGCCUGGGUAUCCCCAGGUACCAGGUUCACACUAUCAGGCCACAUUGGGAAGCAGGCAGUUCCCUCUGGCUUACCAACUGGUGCCCUGUUCACUAGACCUGGCUUGGCAGCAGACAGCCCAGACAGGGACUCCCAAGACGCUUUAGGUGAUAGCAUCCCGACGACGGAAUCUGACCAACAGGAUAGCACAGAGGCUCCAUCGUCUGGAACGAGCGCACCAGACCUGCCGACCACUGCCUCGGAUUUUCCAACAACCGUUCCUGCCACCCAGCCUUUGCUGCCGUCGCCCCAGCUCCCACCCAACAGAACGGUGCUCGGCGGAUCGGUUGCCACAGACAUUGGCAGGGAGGGGCCAGGUUUCAUCGGGAUGAAUCCUGAGCACCCGCCUUGGCUGGAAGGUCCGUCAAAGGGGCCAGGGUCUGCUUCCAAGGAUGCCACUGGUACCAGACCCACCACAGCCAAGGAGGAAGCACAGGGGCCCAAACAGCAGGUUACUUGCAGAGACUGGAGCAAAUUAGCUGGAAAGAAUUACGUUAUCCUCAACCUGACUGAAAACACUGAAUGUGAAGUGUUUCGGACUCGGGAAGGAUUAAAGCUGCUGAAGCUGGUGGCACAGUCAUUCUCCAGGAAACUGAGCACCCCUGCUGACUCGUGGUUGAUAUCGCUGAGCAAACCCAGUGAGGACGAGAAACACCUCCUGAUGAUGCUGGCCAGCGAUCGAGGUACAAUACCGGCAAAGGAGGUCCUCAUGAUGCUGGGAGAGGUGAAGGAAAACCUGAAAGAGAUUGGGAUCCACAAUGUCACAUCUGCUGCAGGUUGCCAAGGGAGACCCAGCCAUCCCCGUGGAGAUUAUGGGAAACUCUUUGUUGUGCUCGUUAUCAUUGGCUCAAUCUGCGCAGUGAUCAUUGUCUCGGGCCUUGUCUACAUCUGCUGGCAACGAAGACUUCCGAAGUUAAAGAACAUGUCUCAUGGCGAGGAACUCCAUUUUGUUGAGAAUGGUUGCCACGACAACCCGACCUUGGACAUAACCAUAGACAGCACAUCAGAGAUGCAGGAGAAGAAGCCCAGUGUGAAUGGCGAUGCAGUGGAAUGUUCCGGAGGCUGGAGCACGCUCAUCACAAAAGGGUCAAAAGAUGAGCCGGACAGUUUUGAAGAAGACACCCACCUUUAGGAGCCUUCAUCAUUUGUGAUUUAGUAUAGAGGAUAUACUUUGUUUUGAUGAACCCCUGUACUUUGCACAGAGGCAUCAUUGCUUCAUAAGGACCGAUCCAAUGCUGCAUUCUAAUGCUACAAUAAUCUUCACUCUGUCACACCACUAGUCCCCGGUUCAACAAAAAGAAAAGCACUAAUAGUGAGCCAGUGGAAUUUGUUUGGCGCAUAUCUUGAAUGGAACCAUCUUAAAUUGAAAGUGGCCAAUCAUUUCUACAUGGGAAUAGCAGAGUAUUUCACAGAUAUCACUUAUUCCUUUUCGUACCCCACAUUUGGAUCCAAUCCAUUGAUUAUAUAUAGAGCUCCUAAGCAUACUAUAAUGGAUAGUUCUUUCCUACAGCACAGUGCAGAAUCACUGACCGCAUUUAGCACAGGGUUUAUAAAAAGCCUACAGGAAUGGCUGGAACAGUUAACAUUGGUGAAUCAGUGUUAGGGCUGAGGGCACGUUACUAAUGUUGAGGUUAAAGUACUUUGGCCUGGGUUUUGUCAUUGUAAUCCGUCAAAGUGAAUGGGCCACCGUUGGCAUGACAAUUGGGAAGCUUUGGUCAUUUUCGGUAAGUGUUUAAAGAGGUUUAGUCUGUUUCUUGGUGGAGUGGAAGAGUUUGAGGUUUACAGUGCACCCGAGAAUAGGAAAUUUUCCAACUCUCCAUCCUCCUCCUUGGCAAAACACAAUGUUCACCGCAGAAGAGCAACAAAAAAGGUGUGCUGUCAUAGUAGCAGCUUAUGUGGAAGGCAGUAUGAGAUGACUGAAUGGGAAUUCAUUGUCCCUCCUUAUUGCCUUUUAACACAGGUAGCCUAAUGACAAGAUUUACAGCAAUGAUGUCAUAGAAUACACAUAAAAACUAGUAAGCAGCAACUGGUGGUCUGAAAAAAAAAGCAGCCAUAGUUUCUGAAGUUCAUUAAACUUCAGCUUUUAUGAUGUAAGUAGCUGUCUUAGAUCAUUGGAAUUCUGAAUAUGGCUGACUUAGCCUUAAACUACAAAUGGUAUGAUGGAUGGAGCCGCAGUGCAAGGCACAUUAGAAUGUCUGGAUGUGAGCUUACAUGCACCAGCUUACUUUCACCCCAAACUAGGAUGAAUCGUUCUUAGUCAUUGUUACUACAGAACUUGAAUACAGCUGCAAAAAGACUUGUUUUGUCAGGACAAUACACAUGAAAUACUAAAAUGAAUGGAAAACAAUAUUUGUACUGUAUGAGAGGAGAGUGCUGAUUGGAUGGCAAGUGGAUUCUGGUGACAAUGGAUGACAGCCAUUCCCUGGUCCAUUUCUCAAGGCAAUGCCUUGACCAGUCAGAGUUAAUCUGCCUUGUUUAAAAUUUAAAUAAAGCUUGGCAGUUAACUGUCAGCAUCAUUAACUGGUGCAUACUCCAUGGCAAUGCCUGUAUCUAUCAAAGUCCACUCCCUAACCAAUUAACACUCUCCUUUCAUACAGUAUCCAUUCCGUUCUGAGGCAGACAAUUUCAAAGUCACACAAACCUUUGACAGAAAAAAUUGUCUCCUCAUCUUUGUCCUAAAAGGGUGAUGACUAAUUUUAAAAUACAGCUCACAAAAGGAAACAUCCUUUCCUUGCCCACCUUGUCAAGAUGAUUCAGCAUCUUAUACACUUCAAUCAAAUCUUCCCUCCCUGUUCUAAACUCAAAUGGAAACAAACCCAGUCUGUCCAAUCUUUCCUCAUCAGACAUUAUAGGUAUCAGUCUACUAGAUCUUCUCUGAAUCACCUACAAUGCAUUUACAUCCGUCUUUAAAUAAGGCGCCCAAAACUGCACAAUGUAUUUAAGAUGUGGUCUCACCAAUGCCCUGUAUAACUGAAGCAUAGCAUCCUUACUUUUAUCUUCAAUUCCUCUAGUUUAAAGAGUAGCAUCAUAUUAGCCUUCUUGAUUAUGUGCUGCAUAAUAACCAUCUUGGAAUUCUGGAAAGAGUCAUUCAGAUCACAGUAAAAGGCCCUUCAGACCAUCGUGUCUGUGUCGGUUAAAAGCAACCCCUAACUAUCCUAAUCCCAUUUUCCAGCACUUGGCCCAUAACCUUGUGUGCCUUGGUAUCACAAGUGCACAUCUAAAUACAUCUUAAAUGUUAUGGGGGUUUCUAUCUCUACCAGCCUUACAGGCAUUGAGUUCCAGAUUCCCACCAGCCUCUAAGUGAAAAUGUUUUUCCUCACAUCUUGACUAAACCUUCUGCCCCUUACCUUAAAUUUAUGCCCAUGGCCAUUGGUUCCUUUCUGUCUACCUAUCUAUGCCACGUAUAAUUUAAUACAUUUUAAUCAUGGCCUCUCAGUCUGCUCUGUUCUGAGGAACACAACACGUGUCUAUACAAUUUCACUUCAUAACUAAAACCGUCCAGCCGGGGCUACAUUCUGGUACAUCUCCUCUGCACCCUAUUCAGUGCUGUGACAUCCCUCCUAUAACAUUGAUUUUUCAACUGCGCACAUAUAAAACCAAUGUUUUAUACAGCUUUAUACAGUUCCAGCAUCUCAUCCCUGCUUUCAAACUCUAUGCCUUGACUAAUAAAGGCAAGCAUCCCAUAUGCCUUCUU